AUGUUCCCGUCUCGCGGCCUAACAGAACCUUCAGCCGUAGGUUCCGGAGACGAGGAAGUGAACGCCAAUAACGUUAACCUCGCUUUGCUGCCAAAGUUGCGAAGGUUGGGCGUCCAGUGUUAUGCAGCUGAGGAUCCCGGGAGUGUGGAUCCAGAGGAGGAGAAUUUCCUCGACCCACUCCCAUCCCUCAUCACGAUCCUCAAUACUAUCCCUCGCUCCAAUACAAUCGAAGAUUUCCAUCUCACUAUGGACUACGGCGUCGAGGAUACCACACGGUUGGACGUGGAUUCAUGGGCAGAUGUCGACGAAUUUCUGACAAACAAAGCGAGGCUCCCGCAUUUGAAGUCUGUCAGGAUUGAAGUCAACAAUUUCUUCGACUAUUUCGUUGAUGAAAUCGCCGAUGAAGUUCGAAGAUCGAUACCAAAGCUUGAGGCGUCGGGUAUGCUGACGCUGAGGGCACAAACAAGUAUGUGGAUUGAUGACCUUGUGGGAGGAUGAACUAAUCCAGGGGUUUAAGGAAAGUGGGGGAUAUUCGCGCCUUUUUCUUCUUAAAGGACGUUGGUCGUGUGGACGGUUAGGCGCCCUUUGGGACUGUUUGUACUGCUACCUUGUAUUUGUACUCUACAAUGACUGUGUAUACCCUCCUAUUAUUGUCUACCUCUUCCUAGGCCAAACGGUAUUCCUACUUCUCUAAUCCUGCAGAUCAUUCAGCGUGUGGAACGAGAAAGAGUGCGGUGAACCCACUCGUUUAGCUAAAUAUAUCUC